AUGUCAAUUCGUGAUUCUGAUUCAAAGACUGCAUCUGUGGGGGAAAAGACCAAUGUUUUGUACGAUGAUGAAGUCGACGUUGCUUUGAAUUACCUAAAGAAGGCACAUGCUGAGGGCGCGGCUCUCAAUGAGAGCUCCGAUGACAAAGAAUUAGAGCUGGCGGGUGCCGCAUAUUAUGGUACGCAUCAGCUAGAUCCCAAACUAUUGAGAAGAGUUGACACUUUUAUUUUACCUUUCUUGUGUUGCACGUACCUGCUCAUGUUUUUAGAUAAAGCAUUGUUAAAUUAUGCUGCAUCAAUGGGAAUUAAGUCGCAUCUGAAAGGGAAUGAAUAUUCGAACCUGGGAACAAUCUUCUCUGCUGCUUACAUUUUUUCUGAGCCUUUGGUGACGUACUGCAUUCAAAAAUAUCCCAUAUCGAAAGUCAUGGGUGUCUUCAUCACGCUGUGGGGCAUUGUUCUUGCAUGCCAUUCUGCAUGUAAAACUUAUGCAGCAUUGAUGAUUGUUAGAACGCUUUUGGGUUUCUUUGAGGCAAGCAGUGCUGUUGGGUGUAUCGCUAUCAGCGGUAUGUAUUAUACAAAAGCCGAACAAUCCGCCAGAAUAGGUUAUUGGGCCACUCAAGCUGGUACUGGAUACAUAAUUGGUGGUCUUAUUUCGUUUGGAUUCCUGCAUUAUCACGGGAAAACAUUCACCUCAUGGCAAAUUAUGUUCUUGGUCGUAGGAUUGGUAACUGUGGUGUUUGGCAUUACAACAUUUAUCUACCUUCCAGAUAAUGUAACGAAUGCGUGGUUUUUAAGUGAAAGUGAGAAGCUUGAAGUCAUUCGUCACAUAAAAUCGAAUCAAACGGGUUUAGAAAAUAAGAAGGUUAAAAAGCAUCAAUUGAAGGAAUUGUUUUUCCAUGAUAAGCUCACUUAUCCGAUGCUCUUAGUGACCGCUUGCUCUCAGAUCUCAACAGGUGCUAUCGGGACUUUUUCUACGACCAUUACUCAAACAUUUGGGUUUGACAGUUAUCAGACCGCUUUGUUACAGUUACCAAUUGGUGCUAUAACAGCAAUCAUCAUUCUUGUAACUACUCAGAUGAUGUCACAUUUUGGUCAUUUCACUUUGGUGACUACAUCUAUGUACAUUCCAGCUAUUAUUGGUUGCAUUGUCAUGAUUGCUCUUCCUCUCUCCCAUAAAAUAGGAAAUCUGUUUGCACUCUAUUUGUUAUACAGCGGUUCUUGUGUGAUUACCAAUAUCUACAUUUGGAACAGUUGCAAUACAUCAGGGUAUUCGAAAAGAGUUUUCCGCAAUGCUAUUACCAUGAUUGUAUACAACGUUUCUUGUAUCGUUGCACCUCAAAUGUUCAGAGAAUACUCUGCGCCCAGAUAUAUUCCUGCUAAAAUCGCGUUACUGGUCACUCAAUGUGUCUGUGUGCCCCUUCAAUUGUACAUCGGUUAUCUUUGUAAAAAAGAAAACGACAAGAGAGAUGUUGAGCAGGAGGGUCAGGAUCCUCCAGAAUACCAAUUCAUGGACUUAACUGACAUUGAGAACAGAAGUUUCCGCUACGUUUAUUGA